UUUUUUUGGCAAAAUUUGUGCAAGCAAGUUCUUAACCCAUUCACAGUUCAUUUUGUUGUGCCACACUCGAUUAGCUUUAUUUCAAAAUAAUUUACAUUUUUAAUUAAUUUUCAUUUUUUUUUUAAAUUGUUGCAAAUGUGUUAAGAUGGAGACUGGUUUUCUUCAUGAAACUAAAACAAUUCUUAAAUCUUUGGUUAUAUCAUGUCCGAAUGGUAUGACGGUGGACAGAUUAAACCGCGACUACAAGGAUACUGUCGGAGGAUGGAUACCUUUUAAAAAACUUGGUUAUCAUAGUUUAGAGCUAUUUCUUAAAUCUGUUCCUGAUACUUUAGUGCUAACUGGUCAUGGGCGAGAAGCAAGAGUUGGAUUUGUUUCAAAUGAUAAGACACAACAUAUAAACGAAAUGAUAAGUCGCCAAAAGAACACAACACGCGACAGAAAGUCAGCUGUGCGGAGUCAACCAGUUCAAAACUACUCCCGACAGGCACAUGCUCAACCAGUUCAAACCUACUCACGUCAGAUACAACUGCUUCAAAAUCCAACUAAUCUUUUUAACCAUGCAAUUUCCAGAAUUUAUUGUACAUAUAAUCCAACAACCUUACCAAUUAAUAACUUUGUUCCAGUUUAUCAGCCCGUUCAAAAUAUCAACCAACACCAUUUUCAACCUCAACAGAAAAAUUUUCAACCUCAACAGUCUAGAAACUUCCGCGCCGAAAAAACCUACAAUCAACCAAGUAGAUCAACUGCUUCAAAUCCAAACUCAAAAAAACCAGAACCUCCACAUCAAAAAACUAACACCAACAAUUUGUUUAAUGAAACUGACGAAAAUAAAAAAACACAGAUAAAUAAUAGAGAAAAACAAAAUAGCACUUACAACGAUGUAAACAAAACUAGCGUUUUUGUGGCUUCGAAUAACUCCAGAAAAAUUUUACCUGAACCGAAUACAAAAAGCGUUCUGGUUGAGAUUAAAAAUUCAAAUUCAAAUAAUAUCGCUGCUUCAAAGGAUAGCUUAAAAAAUGACACCGAUGACCGAAAGAAUGCUAAUGAGAAGUCAAAUAACGAAAAAAGUCUAAAGACUGCAGAUAAGAUUACAUUUCCAUCGAAAAGCAGUGCCAUAGAAAAGAAAGCUUCGGAAGUGCCGAAAAACAGUUUGAAAUCCCAACCUGUGUUAAAUAGGAAGACUGAAAUUACGACGGUGACUAAAAAUCCAAUACAACAAAAAACUUCUCAAACGCAACAGACUGACUCGAAAAAGACGACUGAUAGUUUAAUGUUCCCUAAUGCCCCAAUCAAGUUCAGUUCAAAGAAAAAACUGACUGAAAAAAUCAUCAAGCGCCCCGAUCUGCCAACUGUUUCGGAGUCCAAAGCUAUGACAAUUCCUCAAGCAAAACUCGUCGAUAUUGAUGCAGUUUCUGCGGUGUCGAAAACCUCGUCAUUUCACGAUAAUUUUAAUACAAGUAAAUAUUUAACGGAUCCAUUUGCACUAAUGGACUCUAGUGAUAAUGAUAUUGAUGAAGCCGUACCAGAGUUUGCAGCGGACUACAGAGUGUUCCAUGUUGAUUUUCCUGAAAAUACUGUGCCAUUUGGAAAAAAGAUACCCAGCGUUCAACUUCCAAAGGAAUUUACGAAAGGAGCGGUAGUCGGUGUUUUCAUUUCAGAGAUUCACAGCCCUUUUAAGUUUUGGUUCCACCCUCACAAAGAAAAUCAUGAGCUGGAUGUUCUCAUGUGCGGAAUAGAAUCUUUUUAUGAACGUCUUGGUGACGCUGAUUUGCUUAUUCCAAAAUCAUGUAUAACCCCAGGGCAAGUGUGCGUUGCGCUUUAUAACGACAUGUGGCAUCGAGCUGAAAUAUUGACAACUGUUACUAAAAACAAAGUUAAGGCACAUUUUGUGGACUAUGGAACAGUUUCAGAUGUUGAAAUCCAUCAUGUGAAAUAUUUACAAAAUAGAUUCGCUGAAACUCCGAUGCAAGCAAUUCGCGGUUCACUGUCGCAUAUUAAACCAGUUUCUCUUGUAUGGCAGAAGAGAGCAAUUAAUGAAUUCCUGUCGUUGGUUGCAGAAGUUUUCCUUUAUGCGCAAAUUGUAGAAAUCGAUGAAAAGGAAAACACUGUUUACAUGGUCUUGUGUGAUACAAAUAGUGGCCAAACUCUGCAAAUCAAUAAGGUAUUAGUUGAUAGAGGCUUUGCUAAACUCGAUAGUGAAUGGGACGAGAAUAAAAUCAAAGAGAAUGGAUUUAGAAAACGACAUCCCAGAGAUAUUUUUCCAACGUUUGAAAUGUUGGAGACUGGAGAAUAUCCAUCUUUGUGUGAAUUAGAAAAGUUACUGGCGCAAGGAAUCGAUUACGAGAAAAUUACUGAAAAGAUUAUUCUCUCAAAUUUGAACAAUUCUGAUAAUGUUUCACUAGAGAAAAAUUCUUUAUCUCGUAUAGACAAAACGUCCUUUAAUCUCUUAGACACAAAUCCAUUUAAAAGUGACAUUAUAUCUGAAAUUAUUUCUUUAAAAAUGUUUGAUAAAUAGUUUAACUUAUAUUUACGAUUUAAAUCUUUGUGCAUUAUUUUCAUUUAAUUCCUCAAUCCCUCCAUGUAUUUAAUAUAAUUUUUUUUUAUUUUUUGUUUGAUAAAUUAAGAUGAAGAAAUUAAAUAUAAGUUUCUAAUUAAAUAAUUCACAAA